CGGCAGUCCCACAGUAAAGAUGGCGGACGCGUCGGGGACCGAGCUGUCAGAUGAGAAAGAGGCGGACGGUGAGCGCAAAAGCAAACUCAAUCCGCCGUGGGACGUAGCGAGCAAGUCGGGGAAAGUCGUCAUUUCUUCACCGUUGCCUGAGACGUUGGGCUUUUACGACAUUAGCGCUGUCAGACGCGAGAGGAGGGACCACUCGGCAGAUCCGUCGCUGACGCGCUUCGUGUGCACAGAGCUGACCAGAGGCUACUUCCUGGAGCACAAUGAGGCCAAGUACACUGAACGCAGGGAGCGAGUGUACACGUGCAUGCGCAUCCCGAAGGAACUGGAGAAGUUGAUGGUCUUCGGCUUCUUCCUCUGCGUGGACGCCUUCCUCUACGUGUUCACACUGCUGCCCCUCAGGGUGCUGCUGGCCCUGCUCCGCCUCCUCACGCUGCCAUGCUGCGGCUUCAGGGCACGCACAUGCCCCUACUGCAGAAGAAGCAGCGGGUCCAGGCUGCUGCAGCCAGCGCAGGUGUGCGACAUGCUGAAAGGCCUGAUCCUGGUGCUGUGCUUCUCCAUGAUGCAUUACGUGGACUACUCCAUGAUGUACCACCUGAUCAGAGGACAGUCCGUCAUCAAGCUCUACAUCAUCUUCAACAUGCUGGAGGUGGCAGAUCGCCUCUUCUCCUCCUUCGGCCAAGACAUCCUGGACGCUCUCUACUGGACCGCCACAGAGCCCAAGGAGCGCAAGAGAGACAGCAUUGGAGUCAUCCCUCACUUCCUCAUGGCCGUCUUCUAUGUUUUCCUCCACGCCAUCCUCAUCAUGGUGCAAGCCUCCACCCUCAACGUCGCCUUCAACUCGCACAACAAGUCCCUUCUUACCAUCAUGAUGUCCAGCAACUUUGUGGAGAUCAAAGGCAGCGUGUUCAAGAAAUUUGAAAAGAACAACUUGUUCCAAAUGUCCAACAGUGACAUAAAGGAGCGCUUCACCAGUCACGUCCUCAUGCUCAUCGUUUGUCUCAGGAAUAUGGAGCAGUUCUCUUGGAACCUGGAACAUCUGUGGGUUUUGUUCCCUGACGUCUUCAUGGUCCUCACCUCUGAAGUGGCCGUGGACAUCAUCAAACACGCCUUCAUCACCAAGUUCAACGACAUCACGGCGGACGUUUACAGUGAAUACAGAGCCAGCUUGGCGUUUGAUCUUGUCAGUAGUCGACAAAAGAACGCUUACACCGACUACAGUGACUCAGUAGCCCGCAGGAUGGGCUUCAUCCCGCUGCCUUUGGCCGUUCUGCUCAUCCGAGUGGUCAUGAGCUCAGUGAAGGUGCGAGGAGCUCUGUCCUACACCUGUGUGCUCCUCUUUUAUCUCGGACUGCUCACGCUGAAGGUGCUGAACAGCAUCGUGCUGCUGGGCAAGUCGUGCGUUUACGUCAAGAGAGCCAACAUGGAGGGCAAGUUGUUCCAGAAGGCCCAGCAGGCAACAGCAUCCUCCUCGGCUAAGACCCCCAGCAAAGGGGACCUGACCACAAGUAUUGCGCCCUCAGGUGACUCCAAGGUGAAUCAGAGCCCAUCUACGCCCUCCGUCCCACCUUCCUCCUUUUCUGUGACCACUCAGCCAACACCAAGGUUGGACUUCCCCUCACUGCCCUCUGACCCCUCCCCCUCAGUGGCCCCUCAUCUGCCUCCAGCUACACCAUCGGAACCCGAGCAGCCUGCUCCACCACUCUCCAAAGAGGAAGAGGAGGAGGAGGAGGAGGAGGAGGAGGAAGCGGUAGAGAAGGAGGCGCGAGACCCCUCUGCUCUCAAACACCGGGCUCCAAAGAAGGACCUGCUGGAGAUCGACCGCUUCACCAUCUGCGGCAACCGCAUCAACUGACUAGACUCAGGAAGGACAAGUAUUUAUUUAUGGUAAGUUAUCGGAAUCACUGACACACAUCCUGCCGCUCGUCUCAGAAGAUUCCCCCGUCAGGAAGCUUCGGGUGAGGCGAUAAUCAGCGCGUCAAACGACGAACUGGCGUGCAGGUGUGAGGAUGCGGCGCCAGUGUGGAGGCGUAACAGCGAGAGUGAAAGUGAGAGCACAGCAACACUUCCUGUGUGAGCGGCACAAGGCGGGAGAAGACGACGUGCGUGGAUUUGAGUUUUCCCAGGUACAAAACUACAGAAUCCUCUACAGAAACCUGAACUGGAACACACACACACACACACACACGGGGUCACUGUGUUCACUCAAGGAAAAUGCUUCCUGUCCUGAAGGACACUUGUGCAAAAGGUAGAGAGUGUCACCUUAAACAGGUAGACCCAUGUCACCAUUGGACCACUGAAGAUAACGACAAUGCGGGCACACUCAUGUAGCAAAAAGAUUUUCCAGUUGAGUUGCCACAGCUACAAAGCUCUGUUAACUGAUUUAGCCUAUCAGACUUUCAGCGAAUGGACAAAAGUCUUGGGACAUGCCUCACCUAAUUAUUCACGCAAUCAUUUCAUCUUAGCAGCACAUUUUGGACGAUGGUAUGCUUCCAAGAUUUUGAGAAAGCCCCGUUUUGUUGUCUCGUGCACAAACCAAGGUUAUUAAGGUAUGCUUGGAUGAGUUUGGUGUGGAAGAAAUGGAGAAAUAUUCCCACAGACGCCCGACGACAUCUCGCUGGACAUCUUCCCGGGAGCGGAAGGUGUUGUAGGUGCAUCCCAAUACUUUUGCCCAUUUUCCCUGAUGGACCAAAUUGUCUUAAAUUUCUUUCUUCUUCUAAUGUUUACAUUCUUUGAUAGUAGCAGUGGUUUCACAAUGAAAAGCCUUUUUUUAUUGUAAUGAAAUGCAGAAAUGAUCUACUGUAUAUGAUUAUACUAUUAAUUAUAUUAUGAUAUAAGUGUGUGUGUGCGUGUGUGUGUAUGUGUGUGUUUGAGAGAGAGAUAGGAAUUGCUACGUUUUAUUUACUUGAGGGCAGUUUAGCAAUUUGCUGAAUGGGAAACAGACAAAAGUUUGAUUGAAGACGUGACUUAUCAGGUGUAAUCAUCUGGCAUAUUGAUUUCUUUCUUUAUUUAAGGUACUAAUACUGCCGUGUUAGGGGUGGGGGUCAUACAGAGUUUAUGGACAAUAAAGGCCUUUUAUAUUGUUUACUGCCAAUGGAAGAAUAAUAAUAAUAAUGUGUUGAAAAUCAUUUUUAUUUUUGUUUGGAGCUGCCAAUUCAUGAUCAUGUUUUUGUUGCCUAGCUGAGCUCAUCAGAAAUAGAUGGCGUGCACUAUUACAGCUCAGCAUAUUGUUGGAAAUAAUAAAAAAAAAACUA